AUGCAGCCACGCGAGGAGGGGACCCCCGGGAAGGGGCCGAGCCCUCUGCAGGGCCACCCGCUCGGAGAGAGAGACUGCUCCCUCUUCCUCGCGGACGCCACGCUCACCCUGAAGUCGCUGACGCCGGAGAUGGACCCCCUGUCGGUGCUCGAGCCGAUCCUGGACGCCGUCGUUCCGGUGUGGCGCAGCAAGCACCCCGAGCACUACCUGAAGUACGCCUCGUUCGUUCGCCUCGGUCCCGUCGCGGAGGUCGGCCCCGAUGCGGGCGCGGAGGAGUCCUCCGCAUGGGCCGGGCAGAUGGCGAUCCUCGACCAGCACUUCCGCGGGGAGUCCUCCGUCUUGGGCACCCAGGUCCCCCACCGCGUCUACGUCGCCAACUACCUUGGGCGAGACGAGGUGCUGGACAACUUCGCCACGCACGUGUCGCUGACGGGGCUGGACCCCAUGGAGCACGCCGCUCGCUUCUCCGGCCCCGCGUCGCCCCUGGCGUCCGCCUGGGUGCCCCUCCACGGCAACGAGCUCCGCUCCCUGGCGGCGGCGGCCAAAUUCCACGAGGGCUCCUCAGAGAGCUCCCCGUACUUCGGCAGCGGCGUGUUCGGCAGGCAUUUCACCGCUGUGCACUCGGCCCAACGCGAGGGCAGCGCCGCGCUCGGCGUGGAGACCACCAUGCCCCUCACCAAGGAGGCAAAGCAGCGCUUCGUUCUGGGCGCCAGCGGCCUGUGCUACGCGAACGUGGUCAGCGUCCUGGAGUUCACCCUCAGCCCGGCGCUCUUCCUGGGCGGGGCGCCCCCGGAGCUGCCGGGGCUCGCGCUCGCGCGGAGCUCCCAGACGGUGGGCACCACGUUCGCCUGCUCCCUGCAUCACUUCGUCCGGGGCCAGGCCGGUCUCAGCGCCGGCGCCGGCAGCCGCACGCUGCCGCCGUACUCGCCCUGCAUCAGCGCCGUCAGCGCCGUCAGCGCCGAGGACGCGGACGCGACCGCCCCAGAACCCGGCGAACAGCUGCUGCCCCCAGGCGCGGACGUGGCCGACGAGGAGCCGCCACUGGUCGAGGCCGACGACCUGUCGGAGGCCCCGGUGCUCGCAGCUCGGCUGCUGCUGCGCGGUUGCCACGGCGCCGUCUCCGAGGACCUGCCCGUUUGCCUCCUCGACCUCGGUGCCGUGGAGCGGCGGGCGGACCUCUGGCGUCGCCUGCUGCCGCGCGUCGAGCCGUUCUACGCGGUGAAGUGCAAUCCGGACCCGGCACUGCUCAGGGCGCUCUUCGCGAAGUGGCAGGAGUUCGGGGUCGGGGGCUUCGACUGCGCGAGCCCCGCUGAGAUGGACCUCGCGAUUGGCGCCGGGGCGGACGCCGCCCGCCAGAUCGUGUACGCCAACCCGUGCAAGCAGGGCUCCGCGGUCGAGUACGCCAGGUCCGCGGGCGUGCGGUGGGUGGUCUUCGACAACGCCGCCGAGCUGGUGAAGCUCGGGGACCUCUACCCCGGGGCCGAGCUGCUGAUCCGGGUGCAGACGGACGACAGCCUGGCCCAGUGCCCCCUGUCCAACAAGUUCGGGGCGGCGGUGGAGGACGCGGGGGCCCUCCUGGAGCAGGCCAGGGACCUGGGGCUCCGGGUCGUGGGCGUCAGCUUCCACGUGGGCUCGGGCUGCUCCCAGGUCGGCGCCUUCCGGAGCGCGCUGCAGCGGGCCAGGGCCGUGUUCGACGAAGCGGCGCGAGUGGGCUUCGAGCCGAAAGUCCUCGACAUCGGCGGGGGCUUCCCCGGGUGGGACGAGGCCGGCGAGGCCACUUUCGAGGACCACGCCAGGGACAUCUCCGAGGUCUUGGAGGACAAGUUCGGGGCCGAGGUGCGCGUGAUCGCCGAGCCAGGCCGCUUCUUCGCCGCAUCGGUGCAGGCCCUGGUCGCCACCGUCGUGUCGGUCGCCAGCUCGCAGCAGGGCUUCCGGUAUUACCUCAAUGACGGCGUUUACGGCUCGUUCAACUCCCUCAUCUACGAUCACGCCAGGGUGCCCGACCCGGUCAUCUUCAGGGACGGCGCGCCCCUCGCGGGCGAGCCGGCCGGCGCGCCCGGGCCCUGCACCGUCUUCGGGCCCACCUGCGACGGCUUCGACCUCGUGGCCAGCGACCUGCCGCUGCCCCGGCUGCACGUCGGCGACAGGCUUCUGUUCCCCAACAUGGGCGCGUACACCUCUGCCGCCAGCACGCGCUUCAACGGAUUCGCGCCAGCGAAGGCGUUCCUGUACCGGUCGCGCCAGGCGUGA